GUGAGGUGAACCAGCGACGUCAUGACUCCAGCGCUAGUGUUGCAGGCUCGACAACGACCAUUUGUACUGUCACCCAGAAUGAUUGGCCUUAUAGCAUAAUUUUUGCGCCUACCAAACACGAAAAUGUCGAAUUCUAUCACGUCAAACCGGUCCACGUUGAAAGAGUUCUUGGCCUCGAUAGCCACGAUACAAGGGGAUCUCAGUAACAUCACAGCCCCACCAUUUGUUCUGGGCGAGUUUUCAACCGUCGAGUUACCACAAUACUGGGCUGAUCACCCGUCAUUGUUCGUUGCACCAGCGCUGGAGAACGACCCAGAAAAAAGAGCGUUGCUAGUAUUGAAAUGGUUCCUCGGCUCACUGAGAAACCAACAAUACGCAGGUCGAAGGGAAGAAGAAGGAGUAAAGAAGCCCCUGAAUGCAUUCCUUGGGGAGUUGUUCUUGGGCUUUUGGAAAGAUGAAUCUGGCAGAACUAGGCUAGUCUCUGAGCAAGUCAGCCACCAUCCUCCAGUAACAGCUUGUUACCUGUGGAACGAAAAAUACGGUAUUAGAGCUGAGGGCUUCACCCAACAGGAGAUCACGUUCUCAGGAAGUGUGAGCAUCAAGCAAAAAGGAUAUGCAAUCCUACACAUCGACAAAUACUCCGAGGACUAUCUGAUCCCAGUCCCAAAUGUAAAGGUCAAAGGCCUUCUGAGUGGGACCCCAUACCCGGAAUUAGUAUCGAGCUAUAGUAUCAUAUCCUCCAGCGGCAUUGUUUCAGAGAUCAAAUUUGAGGGAAAGGGUCUACUGGGGCUUGGGAGUGGUAGUAAGAACGGCUUCGAAGCGAGAACUUACAGAACUGCCGCGCCCACAGACGACUUGUAUACUGCCAAGGGUUCCUGGAAUGGUCAAUAUAGUAUGCACGAUGCACGAUCUGGAGAGGAAAUAGAAAAAUUCGAUGUUGGUGCCCAGAACUCGGUGUCAAUCACAGUAGCAGAGCGCUCCGAGCAAGAUCCCUGGGAAUCUCGAAGAGCCUGGGGCGGUGUGAUAGACGCUUUGCAAAAGGGCGACAUGAAGGGUACCACUGACGCUAAAUCGAUUGUUGAAGAGGGUCAGCGACAGAUGCGUCGAGACGAGAAUGCGCGUGGCGAGCAAUGGAAAAGAUUGUUUUUCCGAAGACAAGACAGCGACCCCAUCUUCGAGAAGCUGUAUACAGUUGAUAAGCAAUCCUUCACGGUUGAUUCUAAAGGCGGAAUCUGGAAGAUCGACGUCGAUACGAUCGCGAGCCUGAAGAAGCCAUACCACGGUGACCUUCUUCCGACAGGUCAGGUGGUCAACAAUAAUGGUAUACAGAACAAGAACGAAGUGGACAACAACGGUGGAAGCGGACAAACUCCCCCGAGAACGAAACAACAGUUGCACAGUGGGCAAUCUGAUAUUGUCGGCACUUCUGUGGAGUCGACAGAAGAGAUCCAACAGAUAAUGCUCGAAGACGGGACAGGAGAAGCGCAAGUACAGGCAAUGCCUAAGGGAGAUGCAGGCAUAUCCGCGGAAGAAAUCCACGAUAUGCAGGUCGAAGCGAUGCUUCGAGCCAAGUAUUCGUCAGCUCCACAUUGAUGUAAAGUUUUCCGCGAUCAGAAUAUUAAUUUUGUUCUUCAGUGAGCCCGGGUCAGCAUUAUUCUGUC